AAGCUCUUUAGUCCGCCGGUAAACUCACUAAAGAAAGAAAGAAGAACUCACAGUUUGUUUAGAUGUUCAGCUGCUGCGUCUUUAAUACAUUUCUGUCACUUCUCUGUUUCUAUUCUUGAUGAUUUCCUCUCUUUCAUGACAGCAAACCAAACGUUUUCUCUUUGUUUUGACAAGAGCUUUAAAUAUCCUGUUUCAGGAGUCUUAUUGAGUUUUUGUGUUGAGAUGUUGAAGAUGAGUUUGCAGGUGGAUUUGAUGUGCUGUAAAUCAGUAGGAACUGAUCUGUCCAUGCUGGAUAUUGAUGAUUUGAUGACAGAAAUCUCUCAGCUGAAGAAAGAGGUGGCGUUACUGGAGGCAAAGCUGAGGGAAAGAGGAGAUCCACUGAACGGAGAGGAGCUGGAGAAGGUUUCCUGUCAAUCUUCAGUGUGUGUGACUGAUGGGACCUCCACAGAAUGUCAGGAUUCAGUGUGGAGCGUCAGAGAUCAGAGAUCCAGAGACACGCAGGACUCAGAGCUCAGCCUCACUUUACUCUGUUAUACUGACACUCAGGAGAGUGUGUGUGACAGUAAUCAGGGUGAUCAAACCUCCACAGAGUCUCUGGCUUCUGUCUGUAACGCUGGAGAACAGCAGAUGCUGCAGAUACCAUUGAAGAUGUGUUCAGUGAAGCUGCUGGACUGCAGGAACCUGAUGGAGAUGAGAGGAGAAACCACAGCAGAGGAACAACAUGAUGAAGAUGAUGAUUUUGAUCCUUCAGGUGCAAACAGUGGUUCAUGUUCAGAUGGAGAAACAACUUCUACAUCAAAAGAGUGUCUGUCAGCACAAAGUCUUUCCUGCAUCACCUGUCAGAAGACAUUCAGCUCAAAGGGACAUUUAGCAAGACAUGAAAGAAAACACACAGAACAGAAAAUCUACAAAUGCAGGAGAUGUGGAAGCAGCUUUUCUACCUCAGAAGAGAUCAAACGUCAUUCAGAAGUGCACAGAGGGAAAGGGUUCCAGUGUGAUCAGUGCGGGAAGAUUUUCUUUGUUCCUUCUCUUCUUAAAGUUCACCUGACGACACACAGUGAUGAAAAACCUUUUCAAUGCAGUGAGUGUGACAAGUGUUUCAGAACUAAAGGAAACCUUGUUAUUCAUGAGAGAACACACACAGGAGAGAAACCGUUCAAGUGUCCUCACUGUGAGAAGAGAUUCGCAUACGGAAACUAUCUGAAGAUACAUGUCCGUUCGCACACCAACGAGAGGCCGUAUCAGUGCAGUAAAUGUGGGAAAACCUUUGUACGGAUCUAUGAUUUAAAGUCACAUCAGAAAAUACACUCUGAGGAGAAACACUAUCAAUGUUCACUGUGUGAUAAACGUUUCCGUCAGAAGUCCCAGCAGAUAAUCCAUGAGAGAAUGCAUUCUGGAGAGAAACCUUACCUCUGCUCUCACUGUGGAAAGAGCUUUUAUGCUCAGGGUCAGUUGAGCAUUCAUCAGAGAGUACACACGGGAGAAAAGCCUUAUCACUGUAGUGAUUGUGGGAUGAAUUUCAGUACAAAACAAAACUUAGCAAAACACCAGACAACACAUUCUGGUGAAAGACCUUACAAAUGUACUCAGUGUGACAAAACGUUUGCUCGACCGGAUGUCCUGAAAACCCAUCAGAGAGUGCAUACAGGAGAGAAACCUUACAGCUGCUCCAUCUGCGGGGAAAGUUUCGCUUAUUUAGGAUGUUUUAAUGCUCAUCAGAAGAAACAUGCUAAAGAUCAAACCGCCCUGGAAUCAUCGUAACUUUUCACGGCUCAUUGUUAAAAAGAAGCUGUACAUUCACAUUGUGCUCUCAUUGACAGUAGGGAUCAGUGUCAUAGUAACCUUUCAUGUCCCAGUAAUAUUUUCAUGGAGUUGUAGAGUUAUGCAAUUGAUCAUGUCAAUUAUAUUACAAGGGGAUGAGACGGACAAUCUUUAGAAUUUCAAAUCAUCUUUGAUUUUCAAUAUCUUGAAUCUUUCUAUUAUGGAUCAAAUGGAUAUUGUUCUUGUAGCGCUGCAAUAACAAUUGUUUGGAGUUUAAAAGCCCCACUUUAUUUCCUGUAUUGUUGAUCAUUAUUGAUUAAUUGUAGCAGCACUAUUUUUAAGAAUGCUCAUCUAACUUCUUCUGUACGACAAAAGAGUAAAUGUAUUAUUCUUCUGUAGUUAUUAUGUGGAUGCAAUUAGUUACUGGUAUCCAAAGACACAUUCUUUUAGUGUGUAAACUGCUAAACC